UAUCGCAGCUUCCUCAUUCUUUAUUAAUGUGCCCAAAGUCAUAUUGUAAUAGGAGUUCCGCGCACACAGUCAGUUCACGACCGUGCACAUAAUUAUACCAAGGUAUUACUCGUAGGUAUCUCUAACAACUAAGUAGUCCUCAGUUUGUCUCUGGAGUUUAUAUAGCAAUGGCUGAAAAUAUUGAAAUAGAGAAAGCCUCUAGUUCUUCACAGAACCUGAUAUGUCCGCUAUGUCUUGAUAUUUUUGAUGAACCAACGAUCCUGACGUGCGGACACACUUUCUGUCGAAAGUGUCUCAAGAAAUAUGAUCUGACCCACCAGGACAUUGACCACAUGGUCUGUCCUCUCUGCAGGGAGAUCACCAAGUUGUCUGCCAACCGUGUCGACGAUCUCCGCCUCAAUGUCUCCAUCAACGGAUGCGUAGACGACUACCACGCCAAGUGUGGAGGGAUGAAUGCAGUCCUUGAGAUGCGUCAAAAAUGUACUGGUUGCAAGUUUCAGCAAGACGCUCUCUCCUUCUGCAGAACAUGUAAUAACUACAUAUGUGAUAAAUGUUUACAAUGCCAUCACUACAUGGCACUUUUUGAAGAUCACGAGAUUGUCUCCGUGGAGGAUGUCAUCGAAGGGAAGGUCAGCAUUGGUCAUCAAUUCGAGAAAUGCUCCAUCCACAAACAAGAGAACAAAGAUAUGUUUUGUGAUGAUUGUAAGGUCCGUGUCUGUCUCAGGUGUGUGGUCGUUGGUCAUAAGGUCCAUAACAUCAAGAACCAGUCUGACUUCGAGCAGGAGUUGAGGCGGAAGGUGACAGCCCUUGCCCAGCAAUGUGCAGCUAAGAAAGCUGAGCUGGAAAAGAAUAUUCAGAAUAUAGAAGAACAACGUCAUGAGGUACACAUUGCCAUGCAGAAACUACUAGAUGAUGUCAGGCAGGCUUACAGCAUCAAGGUCAAAGAGCUGGAAGGAAAUCUUCAAGAUCUCAUCGAGCAAAUAAAUGAAUUGAAGCGAAGUUUCGAGGAUGAUCUCAACAUCUUAAAGUCCAAGGAUCGACAGAGGAUCAAGAGCAUUUGUAGUUCGAUUACAUUGGUAGAUAAUGACAGACUGGGUCAUCUUGAGACAGAUAGUCUGUCUGCUCAUAAUUUGCUCUGUGAUGAGCUAGGUGCCAUGCUGAAAGAGGUUACCGAUCACACUACUGCGGAAGUUAUUACAAAGAAAGCACAGGAGAAGAGAUUCAAUCCUGCAGAUGCUACUUGUCUUGACCUUGGAAAAAUCUCAGAACCUAUCGAUCACACUUCAACUGUUGCUAUCACGGAGAAAACACAGAAAAGAUUGAAUCCUGUAGAUAAAUCUUUUCUUGACCUUGGGAGCAUCUCUGGAUCGGAUCCCAAGUUAGAAAUCAUUAAGUGUAUAGAUCUACGAAGGCGGAUGUUUGGAAUGACAGCUUACACUCAUACCAGUGUUGCCAUUGUAUAUGGGUUUAUAACACGAGGUGUUGAUAUCAUUGAUUCAGCUGGUGGAACGAAGCGGUAUACAAACAUACCACAUGACGUGGGUUAUGGCGAUAUUGUGAUUCAAGGAGACAGUGCAUGUGUCUCAACUAGUUCUACAGAAGCACACGUGUAUUAUCUCAAUGGCUACAGGAAAGCAACAAUCAACGUGAGUGGGACUGGUUAUUAUCUCAGACUGAACAGAAGUCCAUCAAAUGAGAUCCUCAUUGCUAACGGUGCAAACCAAGUCUACAUCUAUGACCCGUCAGGAUCCACUCUCAAACACACUGUUCUAACAAAGCACAGGACGUGUCAGGUAUCAUCCACCAGGUCGGGUUUGAUCGUCACCAGUUCAUGUAAUCUCACCAAUCCAAGCGUGGUGACGGUCUAUGACAGGGAUGGGAAUGCUGGUGAGUCUCUACAAGCUCCAGGGCGUGUCUACCUGUAUGCUACCGUGGAUGAGCAGGACAGGGUGUAUGUAGCGAGUGUUGAUUGGAAGAAUAGGAAGGUGGUGAUCAGGCUCUAUGAUCUUGAUGGUCUGAACCUGAAGGAGAGAGCUGAGUUCAAAGCACUUGAUAUGACAUUGGGUUCUAUUUGGUGUUACUUGGUUUCCCUCUCUCCGGACCUACUCGCCUUUGCUUGUGACAAGAAGUUAUAUUUCAUCAAGGUAUCGCUGUAACAAAGAGUACCUUACUAGUGUGUAUAACAUGAACUAUUGACUUUUAUGCGAUUAUUUAUAGUGUAUCUGAAAUGAGAAUCAAAUAUGUUUGUAAAUACCUUUUUUAAUUUGUUUACCUUUUGUGGUGUGUAUAUACACAUAAAUUUUAACACGAAUCGAAGAACGUUCAUACACAUAAAAUAAUUUCAUGAAUGUAACUUGAGUAUCAAAAGACCAUUAUUUUAAUUAUUUCGUGAAUCUGAAUUAACCACACAGUAAAAAAAAAUAGCACGUUGUUUAAGCCUGUCACCCUAAUAACAAAUUGUGUCUCUUUCUUUGUAAUUGUUUAAACAUUUUAAACAGCUAGUUUUUAAGUUGUUUUAAAAAUAAACAGAUGCUUAAAGAGUUUAAA